UUUUCUUCAUGUCUCCUUGCUUCAAAUACAUGAUGCAAUCUCAAAAUUUUAUCAAACCUUCACACUCAUCCUAUUCACUCACUAUUUUCUUGGUCUCUCUUUUAUUUUAUUUUCAUGACGAUUUUUGUUGCGCACGGCUGAUCACACUACCGCAAAAUAUUACUGUCCCAGCUGUGAUAGCGUUUGGAGACUCGAUUGUGGAUCAAGGUGCUAACAAUAAUCUAAACACUCUAAUCAAGGCUAACUUUGCUCCCUAUGGCAAAGAUUUUGUGGGUGGAAAACCAACCGGAAGAUUUUCAAAUAAUAAAACCCCGGCGGACUUGAUAGUUGAACAACUGGGAAUAAAAGAGCUAUUGCCGGCAUAUCUUGAUCCAUCCCUUGAUGAUAAAGAGCUACUAACCGGUGUAAGCUUUGCUUCUGGCGCCUCCGGAUUUGAUCCCCAGACUUCCCAAAUAACGUCUGUUUUGUCACUUGAUGAUCAACUGAAACAAUUUAAAGAAUACAUCGAGAAACUCAAGGUUAUAGUUGGAGAAGAAAGAACACAAUACAUAUUAGCAAAUAGCUUAUUCUUAGUGGUUGGAGGUAGCGACGAUCUUGCUAAUACUUACUUCAGUAUUGGCAUCCGAAGAUUACAAUAUGAUAUCCCAUCUUAUACCAAUCUUAUGGUAUCAUUCGCUUCCAAAUUCAUACAGGAUAUAUACAAACUUGGAGCAAGAAGAAUAGGGGUGUUUAAUGUGCCCCCAAUAGGUUGUUUGCCAUCACAGAGAACUCUUGCUGGUGGUGGACUUAGAGUGUGUUCAGAAGAGUACAAUCAAGCAGCUCAAAUAUAUAACAGCAAGCUGCAACCAGAGGUUGAACGCCUCAACGAAACUCUUAUCGAAUCAAGGAUUGUCUAUAUUGAUGUCUACAACCCCUUGCUUGCUAUUAUUGAAAACCCCUUCCAAUAUGGACUAGAAGUUGUGGAUAGAGGUUGUUGUGGCACUGGAAACAUAGAGGUUUCCAUUUUAUGCAACAAAUUGUUGCGUACUUGUCCUGAUGAUUCAAAAUAUCUAUUCUGGGAUAGCUAUCACCCUACAGACAAAGGAUACAACAUACUUAUAAAUCAAGUGGUAGGGAAAUACAUUAAUGAUUUCUUUUGAGAUUGUAUAAAGGUUGAUUAGUAUUGGCAUUGUAAAAGUUGUAAAUGGUCAAUGUUGGGAAAGUUGGUUUCUUGUGUAUGAAGAGUGAUAAAAGAAAAUCAUGUGACUAGUGAAUUUGUUUUGUUAUAAAAAAAUGAUAAGUGUGGCUCAUCUGGUUGGGUACA